GGCUUGCUGUAGUGAUAUUUAGCAGGAUUCUAAUGGCUAGUGGUUUUGCCAGCAAAGGAGUGUUUGAGUUUUUUCUAACUAGUUAUGCAUUGUCAUCCUAUGCGGGUAGCACAUAAUCACUGGUUUGGCAUAAUAUCCGAACAUUCAGGAUCCAUAAAUUGCCCUGCCAAGCAAAUUGCCCUGUGCUCAAAACAACCCGGAAGUGUACGGCGAAUGCGGUGAUGGGACUUGUAGUUUAGCAAGUAGUCAAUCUUCUAUGGAGAUGGAGUGAUUGCCCCAAGUAAAAAAUACAUAUCCCAACAUUCUCCUGGCGGAGAGUAGAUGUGUCUGCAGAAGAGAUGUCUAGAGCUAAAGGAGAUGAGGAAGAUUACUGGCACAGCUCCAAGUUCAAGGCUUUUACUUUUGAUGAUGAUGAGGAUGAUGAGCUUUCUCAGCUUAAGGAGUCUAAACGGGCAGUAAACAGUCUAAAAGCAAUAGUUGAUGAAGAUGAUGAUGGUGAGACUGUUAACUGGAGCGGGGAACCUGUUGGAAGUAUAUCCUGGUCCAUUAAAGAAACAGCCUCAAACAACCGAGCUUCAGCUGAGACUCGUAGUUUUGCACCACAGAAACCCAGAACAGAGACUUCUUCCUCUGUCUUCCCGAAACCUGGCUCCUCACACUCACUGAGUAGCUUAUUUAGAGGUUGGUCCCAAACUGAAAGUCGUCAAUCACUGUCUGAUGCUCUUCUUGAUACAAAUAGCAAAAUAUUUGCUCCAGAACUUCGCAGGCCCAAAGCAGAAAAUCAGGAUUACAGUGGAGACUGGAGCAUUGGGGAAACCAUCCGCCGUAUGCACAGGGGCAAGAUAUGCCCACUAGAGAGAUUUCGAUCCCUGAAGGAAAAACUGCUCCUCUUGGAUGAGGCCGUGAAACUGCAUGAUGGCAAUGUGAUCACAGCAGUACUAAUAUUUUUGAAGAAGACCUUGAAUUCUGAUGUCCUGUUUAAGGAGUUGGAGCAGAGACAAGUUGCUUUAAGACAUUUUAUUCACUUUCUGAGAGAAAUGUCAGAACAGCAACUUCUAAUGGAUUUGCUUAGAUACCUGGAACGAGCAGAAGAGCUGGCUAUUUGUAAAUACAGAGAACACCUGAGCAUAGCCAGUGCAGAUGAGCGGAGGGAUUUCCUGAAAUCCAAAUGCCUUAACCUUCCCUUUUCUCCAGAGGAUUCUACGCAUGUUCAAGAUCAUUACACUUUAUUGGAGCGCCAGAUCAUCAUAGAGGCCAAUGAUAAACAUGUGGAAGCAACUGGUCAGGAGCAGAUGUUUCGUAAGCACCCUAGAAAAGCAUCACUACUAUUCAUGCCACUUGUUACUACGCUCUUCUAUGCUUGUAUAUACCACUAUACGGAGGGUGAGGGAACAUUCAGCAGUCCAGCCAACCUAAGAAAAACAUUCAAGAUCCCGGAAAAGCUUUACAUACUUACGGCAUUGGCAGCUCGAGCGAAGCUCCGUGCAUGGCAUGAAGUGGAUGCCCUGUUUACUACAAAGAAUUGGUUGGGAUAUACAAAAAAGAGAGCACCUGUUGGCUUUCACCGUGUGGUGGAAAUUCUGCAUAAGAACAAUGCCCCGGUAGAGAUCUUGCAGGAAUAUGUCCGACUGGUUGAAGACACAGAAAGCAGAAUAUCUCUUGGGACCAAAUACAAAUGUCAUGAUGUGGUUAUUGAUACAUACAAAGAACUUAAAGACCGGCAACAGCUAAUGGUUUAUCGCUGUAAAGUUGAGCGAGGUUCCCCUGAGGAAAUAAAGAUAGACAAUAUUCUGAGCAACAUGCAAAUACGAUGGAAAAACUGAGGAUGGUUUAUCUUCCAAUUCACAAUCCUUGUGCCAAGAUUGUCCUUUGUCCCCAUUAAUAAAUAAACUUUUAUUUAACCA